UCUCUGCAGACCUUGUGUGCACUCAUUCGAGGAGUCCAUCAAAAGAAUAAAUCUACCUCUGGGUUUGACAUUAUCAACAUGCUGAUGGGCUUUGACAAGGCAGAGCUGUGCAUGAAGAACUUGAUGGAGAGUUUGGAUUCGUUGCUUUGUGCAGAAGGUUCUGAAAGUCUGAAGAGUUUAUGUCUGAAACUUCUCCUUUGCUUAGUGACUGUGACAGACAACAUUAGCCAGAACACUAUCCUAGAGUAUGUAAUGAUCAACAGCAUAUUUGAAGCAAUUUUACAGAUACUCUCUCACCCCCCAAGUCGCAGGGAGCAUGGGUAUGAUGCUGUUGUCCUCUUGGCUUUGUUGGUGAACUAUAGAAAAUAUGAGUCUGUGAAUCCUUAUAUUGUGAAGUUGUCUAUUGUGGAUGAUGAGGCUACGCUCAAUGGAAUGGGGCUUGUGAUUGCUCAGGCUUUAUCUGAGUACAACAGGCAGUAUAAAGACAAGGAAGAAGAACACCAGAGUGGUUUUUUCUCUGCUUUAACAAAUAUGGUGGGCAGCAUGUUCAUAGCAGAUGCCCAUGAGAAAAUCUCAGUACAAACCAAUGAGGCCAUCCUUCUGGCACUUUAUGAAGCUGUUCAUUUAAAUCGUAACUUCAUCACAGUGUUAGCCCAGCAAAGCUGCCUUGCUAAAGAAAAGGCUAUCUGUGGUGAGUUGCAUCAUACUUUUAGGCUUAUCCCUGUUUUUCUCUGUUACAGACGCUGCAUUCAGGUAGUACAUAAACUACUUUGCUACCAGAAGAAGUGUAGAGUACGCCUGCAUUACACCUGGCGGGAACUCUGGUCAGCCUUGAUAAAUUUGCUGAAGUUCCUUAUGUCAAAUGAGACUGUACUUCUGGCCAAACACAACAUUUUUACAUUAGCCCUUAUGAUUGUGAACCUAUUUAAUAUGUUUAUCACAUAUGGCGACACAUUCCUGCCCACUCCCAGCAGCUAUGAUGAACUCUACUAUGAGAUUAUCCGCAUGCACCAGAGCUUUGACAACCUCUACUCUAUGGUCCUGAGGCUUUCUACCAAUGCAGGCCAGUGGAAAGAAGCAGCUAGCAAGGUGACCCAUGCAUUAGUUAAUAUCAGAGCCAUCAUCAAUCACUUUAACCCCAAAAUUGAAUCCUAUGCUGCUGUGAAUCACAUAUCCCAACUGUCAGAGGAGCAGGUGCUCGAGGUAGUACGAGCCAACUAUGACACGCUCACACUGAAGCUGCAGGAUGGCCUGGACCAGCAUGAGCGCUACUCGGAGCAGCACAAGGAAGCUGCCUUCUUCAAAGAGCUGGUUCGAUCCAUUAGCACCAACGUCCGGAGAAACCUGGCCUUCCACACACUCAGCCAGGAAGUCCUGCUCAAGGAGUUCUCCACUAUCUCCUGAGGCCACGCAUAUCUGAGCAGCUGCUGACUGCCCUUACCCAUGAGGCUCCUGGGCUGCAGGGGGACUGAGGGGAGAGGGGCUGUCCCCAAGGUUGGAGAAUAACACAGAUACCGAGUUCUCUCGGUGAAGGCCGUGCUUCAGUGGAGCUUGGACAGCAGGGCCAGGAGGGGCAAACCAGGGAUAAUCUUAUUUGGGGAGGGUUUGGGUGGGCACAGGGAGAAGCCUUCAAGAAUAUGGGGACUUCCAGUAUGGGCUCCCUGGAUACCCCCUCACAUUUCCAAUUGAGAUUACAAAUUGUGGCUGCUGACUAAUUUUCAGGGGCUGUUGGGGGAAGUCUUAGAAUGAUGCCAACAUCCUGAGAGUCAGUGGUUCUCCAAGACUUCUGAAAACAGACUCUCAAAUGUAGAUGGAGCCAGUUCUGCUUUCUUUGGGCCUGGGGCUGAGCUGGGCUUGAAAUCUGUGUCCCCUGCCCCUGCAGGCACUCUGUCCAGUCGUUAGGACCCUUAGCUCAGCUUAAGGUAGGGUAGGAAUGGAGGACCUUUUUUCUACUUUCUAAAUCUGGGAGACUGGAGAUUAGAAUCUGCCCAAUGCCCUGCUGUCCGGCCACCAAUUUCUGGAUUUGAUUCUUGGCACCAGGAGUACCUGUUAGCUUCCCCUGCCUUCCAACCCAUUGAUUGGUCAGCACUAUAGGGUCACAACGUUAGCUUCUAAUUUUCAGUCUGGUUUAAACUGUCUUUAGGGUGUGUGUGUGAAAUAAACAUUGACAGGUUUUCUGGAGCCCUCAGGUGCCUACUUUGCUGGUUCCCUUUCCAGCAGCCUCCCCACCUUCCCAAUCACCUUCUCCUCUGGGAGCCUCUCCUGCCUCUGCUGAGCUCCCCUCCACUGUUCCGCCCCCUCACCCGGCUGUUGUUUACAGCCAGCCUGCCUAAGAAUUUCCUCUGGGCAGGAAUCUGUUCCUGCUGUGGUCUGGUGCCUGGAAGGGAGAGAACCUGCUGGGGGCAGGGUGCCCUCCAUCUGAAAGGGGCCAGGUGAGCAUCAUGGAGAGGCCAUUCUGUCUGCCCAUAUUCAGGGUGGGGUCACAGGCGAGUCUUCUGGCCUUUGGGAAGUUGGCCCAUGAUUCCUCCUCUGGACAGCCUCCAUUGGACUACUGUAGGCUUUCCCUACCCCUUGGCUGCUUUCAAAGUAGCUGCUCUGAGAUUCCCCCCUUCUAAAGCACUUUCUAAAGCCCUUAGGCUGGCAGGGAACAAGCAGCACAAGAAGACUCUGGGAGUAAGUGCAGGAAACCAGCAGUGAGAGCAGGUCUGGGACCUCCCUGACUGCUAUUCCUACUUAGCUUCAAAUCGCUUUAGGAUACUUGCCUUCCCUGGGAACCGGAGUUGUGGCUCCAACAUGGAGCAGAUAUGCACGAGUUCCAGAGAACCCACCAGCACGCUGCCGUACAUAGACGCAGAUUUCUGAGAGAUCAGGGGCUGAGUCAUCUGAUCGCUAGAUGGCGUAGCUCAGCCUGGGGCAUAUAGUGUUCUCCACAGUUAUAAACCCCGGAGGAGCUGGAGCUGGAAGCUGGUGGCAAGUUGAAGUUAUUAAAAAUUGAUUUGUAUGGUA